CGUCUCUACGUAGAUUUUAUUUCCGAAUUUGGCGCGAGUUAGCUUCAUGUGUUGACCGCAUCGACAUUUCGAGGCAUGACAAGCCCCGGAUCAAUAUGAUUGUUCUUCAUAUUGUAUCAGCGAGUGUCCGGCCGAGAAUUCAAGUGGAAUAUAUAAUAACACGACUAGGUCACUUCACCGCUUGCUGGACCGAUUGAGGACUUGGGCGGACGUCUCUGUUUGUUUGGAAUACGUUCUGUUCAUAUUUACGAUGGAUUGUGAGCAUUGACUUGAAAGAAAGGAGCUGAUGAUGUCACUAGGCAUGGAUACCCCAGUGACCCGAGUACUCCCGCUCCCCACCCAUUUUGCCCACGCGGAGCAGUCCUUCCCCUUGAAAAAGCGCCGCCACCAUCUCUCCUCCUCAUCCACAUCCAACUCCUCCGUCUCCUCCCCUGAUCUCAUGACACGCUCUCUCCCGCCGCUGGCGCCGACCCUGACGCGCACACUGGCGCCAUCUAAGGAGUCUCUCUCCCGGAGCCACCUCUUUCCCCAAAAGGCUUCCACGUGGACACCCUUGUCCGAUUCUCUCAACCAGUCGCCCCCUCCGGAAUCUUCGUACGACCCCAAAAAGCAGCAGUCCUAUUUCAAUCAGUGCUUCACUAGGCUGGGCCCGCUGGGGAGAGGUUCCUUUGGUGAAGUCUACAAGGUUCAAAAUAACCAAGAUGGCCGCCUGUAUGCAGUCAAACGCUCGCUCAGUCGCUACAGGGGCAACAAUGACAGGAACCACAAGGUGAGGGAGGCUAGGAACCACGAGCGAGUCUGCCCGCACCCCCACAUCCUCAACUUGGUCGCCGCCUGGGAGGAGUGCGGCCGGCUGUACAUUCAGACGGAACUUUGUCACACCAGUUUGCUGCUCCAUGCAGAGAGCCAGACUCCUGGGAACGAUGAGCGUGCAGCAUGGUGGUACUUGUGCGACCUCCUCUUGGCGCUGGACCACCUGCACUCUCGCAGUUUCGUUCAUAUGGACCUGAAGCCCGCCAACGUGCUGGUCACGGCCUCGGGGCGGCUCAAACUGGGCGACUUUGGGCUUCUGCUGGAGAUGAAAGAGAGCAACUUAGAGAAAGUCAGAGAAGAUGACCGCGGAGGAGAUCCCAGGUACAUGGCUCCAGAGCUCCUCCGCGGGGAAUAUGGACCUGCUGCAGAUGUUUUCAGUUUGGGUGUUUCCAUUCUGGAGCUUGCAUGCAAUAUUGAGGUCCCUAAUGGUGGGGAGGGCUGGCAGCAACUCAGACAAGGGUGCCUCCCUGAGGUCGCAACGGGGCUUUCAUCGGACCUUCGGAAAGUUCUUCAGAUGAUGCUUUGUCCAGAGCCUUCUGACAGGCCGACAGUGCGUCAGCUUCUCGCACUGCCCGCAGUGAGAAAACGCAGAUGGAAGAGACGCACUUACCUCAUGUUGGCAGAAACCGUGCUGACUUUGGCUUCCUUCUGCCAGAUGGUGGUAGGCUAUGGCCGUCGACUUUUCUCUGCUCUUUACCUGGCCAUCUUUCCUGGCUGGAGCACACCAGCACCCUGCACUCCCCCCAAAGACAACUGGAGCAGGGAGGUGACGUUGCCCCCCUGCACCUCGCACGCCGACAGCUCUGAGGACGACGAGCCCUUCCUGGUGGAAUCCGUGGGAACGGAUGAUUCCCCAAGCUUCUCUGGCAGGAUGAAAUCCACACUGGGUUUGAAAAAUACGUCCACGCCGCUCCGAUGUUCCCCAAGCGGCGCCGACCGGAGUCUUCGCCUGGAUUCGGUCGACUGGUCCCCGUCUAACGAAGUCCGGGGACCCUCCAACCUCCACUCUAGUGACUGCUGCGCAACACGCACGCACAAUUCUCCAAGUCACACUGACCGGCUGGACUCCAGGCAGGGCAGACGGUCCUCACAGCGACGCAACCGCAGCCGCUCAGACAACCAACCCGGCUUCGGGCCCAAAAACCUGCUGUGUCUCUUCGAGGAAGUGGCCGUGGAGGCACAGCCGUGACUUGGGGACUGACAGUAUUUUUGGAACUAAUGUUCCGAUGUUACACGUUCACUUCCAGCAUAAAUGCACUAUUUCUGCCAUUUUUGUUUUCCUCAUUCACAUUUUAAAGCAUGCUUUGCUUUCCCAUGAGUAUCAUCUGCAAGUUCAUGCAUCGAUAGUGACAAAAAAGCCAGACAAGCACCUGCUAACGCCUCCUUGGUGGAUGUAACUUUGCCUCAAGCGUUAAUACAAGGAUACCAUGUGCAAUAAAUUAACAGCUGUACCCCAGAGA